AUAUUGUGCUGUUUGGAUAAAGGAAGGAUCCAUUUAUGACCGCAAUGGACAGUCAAUAAACAAAAUUGAAUUAUAGAUUCUUCUGCUUUGGUCUACAUCGGCGGGUUCCUACCGAACCACUCAUAAUCACCACUAUCGCCGCCGUCACCGCCACCGCCACCAUGUUCAGGAGGAAUUGGAAUUGCGCUACUUUGUAUUCAAGACUCGUCAAUUCCUCUUCUUCUUCUCCUCUUCACAACUUUACUCAUCUCCGUUCCUCUUUCUCUUCUUCAUCGUCUCCCAAUCUCCAUCUCGCACCUUCCGUUGCCGCCUCUAAAUCCACCGAUCUCCUCUCCCUUGUACGCCACUAUGGAAACUGUUACUCCGAACUCUCCAAAGCUCGUCUCAGCUUGCUCGUGGUUGCAACUUCUGGGACUGGAUUUGUGUUGGGAAGUGGUGGUGCUGUUGAUCUCUCCGCACUUUCUUAUACUUGCUUAGGUACCAUGAUGGUUGCUGCAUCUGCUAGCACUUUAAAUCAGGUGUUUGAAGUAAAAAAUGAUGCCAUAAUGAAGAGAACGAGUCAGAGGCCAUUACCCUCAGGACGCAUUACAGUACCUCAUGCAGUUGGCUGGGCAUCCUCUGUUGGUUUGGCUGGCACUGCCCUUCUAGCGACACAGACUAAUAUGUUAGCUGCUGGACUUGCUGCCUCCAACCUGAUUCUGUAUUCAUUUGUGUAUACGCCAUUGAAGCAGAUUCAUCCCGUAAAUACAUGGGUGGGUGCUGUAGUUGGUGCUAUUCCACCACUUUUGGGAUGGGCUGCAGCUUCUGGUGAUAUUUCUCUAAAUAGUUUGAUUCUUCCGGCUGCUUUGUAUUUUUGGCAGAUACCACAUUUUAUGGCACUUGCGUAUAUGUGCCGUGAUGACUAUGCAGCAGGAGGGUUUAAGAUGUACUCUCUUGCUGAUAUGUCUGGGCGGAAAACAGCGGUGGUGGCUUUGAGGAACUCCAUAUAUCUAAUCCCUUUGGGAUUCUUGGCAUAUGAUUGGGGCGUGACUUCUGGAUGGUUUUGCCUCGAGUCCACGGCACUUACACUUGCAAUAAGUGCCGCAGCAUUUUCAUUUUACAGAGACCGUACUAAGGAAAGAGCCAGGAGAAUGUUUCAUGCCAGUCUUCUUUAUCUACCCAUUUUUAUGGCUGGGCUAUUAAUCCACCGUCGAACGGAUAACCAACAAUUCUUAGAAGUCAACGCAGAGGGUUUGGUGAAAUCUUCCUCGGAAUCUUCAGAAAUCGAAGAUAAAAAUGGUGAUCAGAAGAUCAAGGGUCGGCAAAGGAACCGAGCACGUCCACCUGUAGCAUAUGCUUCCUGUGCACCUUUCCCGUUUUUGCCCGCUCCUUCAUACGACAUUGUUUAAUAUUUAUCAUGUGCUCUAGAUCUUGCAUGACUACAUUCCUUAUUAUGUUGUUUGGUUGAUUUGAAUUAUUAUUCAUUGUAAUUGUUUUCCAGUGGCCUUUUUAAAGCCAUUAAGAAUUUUGCAUUGAAAAUGGAAGAAGUAUAUAAUGUGAUGAAAUAAAGCAUAGUUACUCUGUAAUUUGCAUAAAUUU